AUGACAACCUACAUACCCGGCAUCACCAUCCCCGCGGCCGUGCUGCAGCACCCGGCCGCCUCGGUCCUCCUGCCCAUCGCCCUGGGCACCGCCGUCGGCUUCGGCACGCGACCCGCCGAGACGCAAAAGACAUAUCUCGCUCUGAGGCAGCCGCCUCUGCGGCCCCCGCCCUGGGCCUUUGGGCCCGUGUGGACGCUGCUUUAUGGGCUCAUGGGCUACGCUUCCUACCGAGUCGCCAGCGUGGGCCUCUCGCCGCUCGCCUCCCCCGAGACGGUGCAGAUCACCAAGCACAGCAUGACGCUCUACACCAUCCAGCUUGGCCUCAACCUAGCCUGGAUGCCCCUCUUCUUCGUCGCAAAGCGCCCCGUCGAGGCCACCGUCGACAUCGUCACCCUGCUGGGCCUCAACGGCUACCUGGCCUACCUGUGGGGCUCCGUCGACCGUGUGGCCGGCCUCUGCCACCUUCCCUACCUCGGCUGGCUGAGCUUCGCCACGUAUCUGUGCGCCGGCGUCGGCCACCUCAACGGCUGGGACUUUUCGGACAAGGAGGUUAGGAUGACCGGCAAGACGGAGUAG